GAUGUGGUCAAUUUCGAUUAUGACAUUUUGGUUGUCAUCGCAUAAAAUCUGUCUUGAUCCUUCUAGCUUUUGGUUGGAGAAAAUAUAAUAUUACAUUUACAAGAAAAUAAUAAUGUUUUGUGCGUAUUCACAUUUGGGAAACUUGGGGCGUAAGCCGACACAUAACCGUUACAUUGCUAGGACGAGAACAGCUGGUGAAAGGAAAAGGAUAGGAGAAGCAACAUCCUACCAAUUCGAUGUUUUGAGUGAUUUAUCACAACUUAUAAACAAGUGCCCCCGCAAUGUGAGACGCAUCAUUGAGCACAACGCAAGUUCUCAAGCCUUCUUCAACCCGCUGCGUAUAAACGAUAUAUUAUCCAGGACGAAAGCCACAAUUACUGCGAAAGGUAUAAGUGUAAGUGUGGAUGUGGGCUUGCCAAUGCGGAAGCGUGCCAAACAUUUGAUUGGCAUUACUUUCAGUGCCUGUGGUCCGAAGAAUUCCCACUUACUUUCCCCGCUUAUUGGUCAACAAAUUGAGCUAUCGCGCCAUUUCAAAACCGACCGUUCUAUUGCUGCUGAAAUGAAGAGAAACCCCACAAUCUUCUCUAGGCUGAAGACAGCUUUUGGAGGUCAUCCACAAAAACUAGAGACAGAUAUUUCUCAUGCACAAGCUGAUACUAUUAAAAAGUUGCUUCAAAAAAGUGGUGAACAAGGACAAAAGAAAAAUGAGGUGGACAACAUCAAAAUAGCUUUCGCAGAAGGUUACUUGGCUGCUGCAAACUCCGACGAGUCUCCAAAAUCUGGAAAAACCAUGAAAUAUCUAAAAGUUUUCCAACAACUUUUGGUGAUUGUUGUCUUCAUUGGCAUUUUUCUAAGCUUGUUUUCAUCGUCAAACGGAUCGAUGUUCAGUAGAAUACAAUUGGGUAACCAAGUAGAAGUAGAUCCCGAAGAAAUACAUGUAACGUUUGACGAUGUGAAAGGAUGUGAUGAAGCUAAACAAGAAUUAAAAGAGGUCGUGGAGUUUCUCAAAAAUCCUGAAAAGUUUUCAAAUUUGGGAGGAAAAUUGCCAAAAGGCGUUUUAUUAGUGGGACCUCCAGGUACCGGAAAAACAUUGCUCGCACGAGCUGUUGCUGGCGAAGCAAAUGUACCAUUCUUCCAUGCCGCCGGCCCAGAAUUCGACGAGGUUUUGGUUGGUCAAGGCGCAAGGCGAGUACGGGACCUAUUUAAAGCGGCAAAACAGCGGGCUCCUUGUGUGAUCUUUAUUGAUGAAAUCGAUUCAGUAGGGGCGAAGCGAACGAAUUCAGUUUUGCAUCCGUAUGCCAACCAGACAAUUAAUCAGUUGUUAGCUGAAAUGGAUGGCUUCCACCAGAAUACAGGCGUAAUAGUGCUGGGUGCUACAAAUAGACGAGACGAUCUAGAUCAAGCGUUGCUGCGUCCAGGCCGUUUUGACGUUGAAGUCGUUGUUUCCACGCCAGAUUUUACUGGCCGAAAGGAGAUACUUACACUGUAUUUGGCGAAAAUUCUUCAUGAUGAAAUCGACUUGGAUAUGUUGGCCAGAGGUACAUCCGGUUUCACGGGUGCGGAUUUGGAGAAUAUGAUCAACCAAGCAGCUUUAAGGGCCGCUAUUGAUGGCGCUGAAACCGUAACAAUGAAACAUUUAGAAAGUGCACGAGAUAAAGUUCUUAUGGGACCCGAAAGAAAAGCUCGAUUGCCAGACGAAGAGGCAAAUCUCAUUACAGCUUACCACGAAGGCGGCCACGCUAUUGUUGCUUAUUAUACUAAGGAGUCCCAUCCGUUACAUAAAGUUACAAUUAUGCCACGAGGUCCUUCACUCGGUCACACAGCGUAUAUACCUGAAAAGGAACGCUAUCACGUGACUAAAGCUCAACUAUUAGCCAUGAUGGACACUAUGAUGGGCGGACGCGCAGCGGAGGAGUUGAUAUUUGGUACAGAGAAAAUCACAUCAGGCGCGAGUAGUGACUUAAAACAAGCUACUUCUAUAGCUACACAUAUGGUUAAGGACUGGGGUAUGUCGGAAAAAGUGGGGCUUCGUACAUUCGACAGCGCGAAAGGACUUAUUGCGGCAGAAUCGCUGGGUCCUAAUACAGUGGAAAUAGUUGACUUGGAGAUAAAGCGAAUUUUAAAUGAAAGUUACGAACGCGCUAAAGCAAUAUUAAAAAAACACACCAGAGAGCAUAAAGCGCUAGCGGAGGCAUUGCUGAAGUACGAAACUCUCGACGCAGAAGAUAUAAAGGCUAUAAUGAACGAUUCGCAUUAGCUGGCAUAGAAUAUUAUACUUAUAUUAUACAGAAACAUAUUCGAUAGAAACUUUUAACAAAAAUCGGUAAAUAAAGACUUAAGCUUUUAAGGUUGAAGCUGAAAAACA